UGGGUCUUGGCAUUGCUGCUCACUCUGCAAAUGCACACUAAUUACCUACCAACCUUUUUUAUUUCCUUGCGUAGACGUACACACUACCGGGUCAAUUCAAUUCUCUCCUUCUCUCUCUCUAUAAAUCCUCAAACCCAAUUUUAAGGAAAGAGAGAGAGAGAGGGAGGGGGCGUUUUUGAGUUGAUCGCAUCAUGUCUGACACCGCCAAAGAAGCAUGGAGAAAAUAUCUGAUUCAACUUCAAGCCCACCCUCUUAGAACUAAGGCAAUUACUGCUGGGGUCUUAGCCGGAUGUAGUGAUACAAUUGCUCAAAAGAUUUCUGGGGUCAAAAGGCUUCAGUUGAGAAGAUUGCUUCUCAUCACGCUUUAUGGCUUUGCAUACGGGGGACCAUUUGGCCACUUCCUUCAUAAAUUGAUGGACGGGAUAUUUAAGGGAAAAAAGGACAGCAAAACUGUUGCUAAGAAGGUAUUACUGGAGCAAUUAGUUUCUUCUCCUUGGAACAACAUGUUUUUCAUGAUGUACUAUGGCUUGAUAGUUGAAGGAAGACCAUGGGGUUUAGUCAAGGGUAAGGUUCGGAAGGACUACCCUUCUAUUCAAUUGACAGCAUGGAAGUUCUGGCCUAUAGUUGGUUGGGUGAAUCACCAGUAUAUGCCAUUGCAGCUCCGUGUUCUAUUUCAUAGCAUUGUUUCUGCAUGCUGGGGAAUCUUUCUGAAUCUGAAAGCAAGAUCCACCACAAUUAAGCAGGCGUAGAAUGGAGUGACCUUUGUCCCCUAACUAUCUCUCUGAACUGUUAGCAUAGUGCUACGAAUUUUGCUAGCAUAGUAAGAAACGAUGGGUUGUAUUAUACGUAUAAUUUGGUUACUGCUGCUGGUUUCAUGAGACUUGAUUCUCGAUUCAAGCCAAUUUCCAUUCGCUUUAAGAUCCUUAGAGUGAUAUAUCCGUAGAGUAUAAUUAAAAGGAUUAUUCUGUGUUGGUGUUCA